CAGAUGGCCAGGUGGAGUCUGAGCGGCCGUUUGGCUCAGUUUCUUUCCACACUAAAGGAACUGUCGCUUAUAAGAAGCAAUCACUCUGGAAAUGUACCUGCUGUUAGAGAAGCACUGUAUGCCGGGGAAAACUCAACAGUUCGGCCAUACAAUGAAAUACCUGGGCUAUGGAAGAACAGUCUGGCAAAUCUCUAUACUUUUUGGAAAAUGGAUGGAUUUAGGAAUAUUCAUCGGAUUAUGGUGCACAAUUUCAAUAUGUUUGGUCCUAUUUACAGGGAAAAAGUUGGAUACUAUGAAAGUGUGAACAUCAUCAGACCUGAAGAUGCUGCUAUCUUGUUUAAAGCCGAGGGUCAUUAUCCCAAAAGACUCAGGGUGGAAGCGUGGACCUCCUACAGGGAUUACAGGAACCGCAAAUAUGGCAUACUGCUCAAAGAUGGAGAGGACUGGAAACAUAAUAGAAUCAUUUUAAACCGGGAGGUCAUUUCUCCAAAGGUCCAGGGCAACUUUGUGCCUCUGCUGGAUGAAGUCGGUCAGGACUUUGUGGCCCGUGUUUAUAAGAAGAUCGAGAGAAGUGGACAAAAUGAAUGGACCACAGAUCUGUCCCAUGAGCUCUUCAAGUAUGCACUGGAAUCUGUGAGUGUGGUGUUGUACGGCGAGCGCUUGGGUCUGCUGCUGGACUACAUUGAUCCGGAUGCCCAGCAUUUCAUCGACUGUAUCACCCUCAUGUUUAAGACCACGUCCCCUAUGCUGUACCUCCCGCCGGCUUUGCUUCGUCGCCUAGGGGCCAAGAUAUGGAAAGACCACAUUAACGCCUGGGAUGGCAUCUUUAACCAAGCGGAUCGAUGCAUCCAGAGAAUCUACAGGCAGCUGAGGAAAGCUCCUGAAGCCGAUGGGAAGUAUCCAGGCGUGCUGGCCAGCCUUCUAAUGUUGGACCAGCUGUCCAUUGAGGACAUUAAAGCGAGCAUCACCGAGCUGAUGGCUGGAGGGGUGGACACAACGUCUAUUACGCUGCUGUGGACGCUGUACGAGCUGGCCCGCCACCCAGACCUGCAGGAGGAGAUCCGGGCGGAGAUCUUGGCUGCUCGUGUGGCCUCUAAGGGUGACAUGGUGCAGAUGCUCAAAAUGGUUCCUUUGCUUAAAGGAGCUCUGAAGGAAACUCUGAGGUUACAUCCUGUUGCAGUAAGCCUACAAAGAUACAUCACUACAGACAUUGUCAUUCAAAAUUACCACAUUCCAGCUGGGACAUUAGUUCAGCUUGGUCUCUAUGCUAUGGGUCGUGAUCAUCGGGUCUUCCCGCAUCCAGAGCAGUACCGGCCAUCUCGCUGGCUUAGAAACGAGAACCACUACUUCAGGAGUCUUGGCUUUGGGUUCGGCCCACGCCAGUGUCUCGGUCGCAGGAUCGCAGAGACAGAGAUGCAGCUCUUCCUUAUUCAUAUGCUGGAGAACUUCAAGUUUGAGAAGCAAAGACAGGUGGAAGUAAGAAGCACGUUUGAGCUGAUCAUUCUUCCUGAAAAGCCCAUAAUGCUAACAAUCAAACCACUUCACAGAGGCACAUAGCACAGCUGUAAACAGGAAAUGAUGUCACUAGAAUGCUGACCUUUAUGGACAGCAGAUUCAGUAUACUAUUAGUCAAAACUUUGGACUAAAUUAAUGUUUCUCAUGAUCCUAAAGAUAUUAUGAUUUAAAUGUUUAUGCCUAAAUGUUUGAAAAUGGACUUUAAAAACACGUAUAACUUUAUUCACUUAACACAUUUUUAUUUUAUUUAAAUUGAACCAAAGGCUAAAAUGUUGUUUUACUAGAAGUAAAACUAGAUGGUGAAAGAUAGUAACCAAUACAGAAAACAGCAUACUAUUAUUGUAGAAAACAGUAAUAAAAAAGAAUGAACAGGGGUUCAAAAUUUUGACUGGUUUCUCCAGAUGUCUUAUUGUUUUUUAACUAUAAUUAUUGCAAGAAAUGUUUUAAUUUUCCACAUCUUCCCCCUUACACUUUGGAUCAAUACACUCUA